CGGCUGCAGCCACUGGGUCAGGUUGACGGUAGCAGCAGGGUAAACGCACGGAGGAAAACCAAGAGGCGGAGGACUAAAGUCAACCAGCUCCGGGCGCCUAGUGGGGCGGACUACUGUCUUCUUCAUCCACGCUUUUCUCUGGCUGUUGUCGUCGCUCUCUGGGAAGAAGAAGAAGAAGAAGGGCGAGGAUAUUAUGGCUGCUCCUUCCCCACAGAUCCGCGGACUUCAAACAGAUGAGGACAACUCCAGGAUCCUAAAAGUGAAAGUCAUCGGUGGAAUUGGGCUGGCAAAAAAAGAUAUUCUCGGGGCUAGCGAUCCGUACACCAGACUGUCUCUCUAUGAUCCUAUCAAUGGAGAGCUCACGAGUCUUCAGACCAAAACAAUAAAAAAGACUCUGGAUCCAAAAUGGAAUGAAGAAUUCUUUUUCAGAGUCGAUCCGCAGAAGCAUCGACUGCUGUUGGAGGUAUUUGAUGAGAAUCGACUGACUCGUGAUGACUUCCUCGGACAGGUGGACGUCCCUUUAAAUCAGAUCCCAACAGAAAAUCCUAACACAGAGAGACCAUACACAUUCAAGGAUUUUCUGCUCCACCCACGGAGCCACAAGUCCAGAGUCAAAGGUCAUCUCCGUCUCAAGAUGACCUAUCUGCCAAAAAACUCCGGUUCAGAGGAGGAGACGGCCGAUCAGACUGAGGAGACGGAUCCUGGCUGGGAGCUCCUGGAGUCUCAGGACAUGUCGGGUCCCAGACAGAGCCAGCUGCUGCCUCCUCUGCCCCCUGGCUGGGAGGAGCGGCAGGACAACCUGGGGAGGAUCUACUUCGUCAACCACGAAAACCGAACCACGCAGUGGCAGCGUCCCACCGCACAGGACGGUAGUUUGGAAGUUCAGCAGAGCCAAAGCAACAACCGAGAUGUGGAGCAGGCUUUCAUUACGCGCAGACAGAUCUCAGACCACGAUGAAAACGCCACGCAGGAGUCUCCCGAGAGCUGGGAGAUCAUCGCCGACGACGAAUGCACCUUGUACCACAACAACAACAACCAGCUGGCGUCUCCUUCGUCCCACGCACCCGCGGAGAUCCAGCCGUGCUGCGACGGGGUGAACAUCAUGCACAUUUCAGGGGCCACAGCUGGCGAGCAGCGCUCCUCGCAGACGGAUCAUGUUAGUAAUUCACGCCAUUCCAGUCUCAGAGGAAAUGCCCACAAUUCAGCUGCAGAGGAACAUCCUGCGAGUCCUGUGUUGCUUGCGACCUCAGCGGGGUUGCCUGCAGGCUGGGAGGAGAAGCGGGACAGCAAGGGAAGGCGCUACUACAUCAACCACAACAGCCGAACCACGACAUGGACACGACCGCUCCUCCAGAGAACCUCAGAGGCAGCAGCUCCAGCCCAGCCGCCAGCAGCAGCGGCGGCGGCGGCACCGGCAGCACAAAGCAGUGCGGGUUCGUCUCAGAGCGCCACUCCACCACAGCUGCCUUUGUCCCCCGAGGACUCUCCUCUCCACACGCCGAGUCCUGAAGCCACGGCCGAGUCCGGCUUUCUGCCCGCUGGCUGGGAGGUUCGCAGCGCUCCCAACGGACGACCUUUUUUCAUCGACCACAACACAAAGACGACUACCUGGGAAGAUCCCAGGUUGAAGAUUCCAGUGCACAUGAGGAGGACUGCCUCUCUCGACCCCAAUGACCUGGGUCCUCUGCCGCCUGGAUGGGAGGAGAGAGUUCACUCUGACGGGAGAAUAUUCUACAUUGAUCACAACACCAAAACCACCCAGUGGGACGAUCCCAGGCUACAAAACUCUGCUAUAACUGGACCAGCAGUGCCUUAUUCCCGAGACUAUAAACAGAAGUAUGAAUACUUCAGAAGGAAGCUGAAGAAACCGGCCGACAUCCCAAACCGCUUUGAGAUGAAGCUGAGACGCAACGCCGUCUUCGAGGACUCGUACCGACGCAUCCUGUCGGUGAAGAGGCCCGACCUGCUGAAGGCUCGACUGUGGGUGGAGUUUGAGGGCGAGAAGGGUCUGGAUUACGGCGGCUUAGCCCGGGAGUGGUUCUUCCUCAUGUCCAAGGAGAUGUUCAACCCUUAUUAUGGACUCUUUGAGUACUCUGCCACGGACAACUACACUCUGCAGAUUAACCCCAACUCAGGUUUAUGUAACGAGGACCACUUGUCCUACUUCAAGUUCAUCGGCCGCGUGGCCGGCAUGGCCGUGUAUCACGGCAAGCUCCUCGAUGCUUUCUUCAUUCGGCCUUUUUACAAGAUGAUGCUACAGAAGCCAAUCAUCCUCCAGGACAUGGAGUCUGUCGACAGUGAAUAUUUCAACUCACUGAUGUGGAUUUUGGAGAAUGACCCGACAGAUCUGGAUCUGAUGUUCACCAUCGACGAGGAUCUGUUUGGACAGACUCACCAGCACGAACUGACGCCGGGCGGAGCAGAGAUCGUCGUCACUAAUGAAACCAAGAAGGAAUACAUCCAUCUGGUGAUGCAGUGGAGGUUUGUGAACCGAGUCCAGAAGCAGAUGACUGCUUUCAAAGAUGGAUUUUUUGAGUUGAUUCCACAAGAUCUGAUCAAGAUCUUUGACGAGAAUGAGCUGGAGCUGCUCAUGUGUGGCCUUGGAGAUGUGGACGUGAACGACUGGAGGGCCAACACCAAGUACAAGAACGGCUACAACUCCAACCACGUAGUCAUCCAGUGGUUCUGGAAAACGGUGCUGGUGAUGGACGCAGAGAAGAGAAUCCGACUCUUACAGUUUGUGACGGGAACAUCGAGAGUCCCGAUGAACGGUUUUGCUGAACUCUACGGGUCUAACGGACCACAGCUGUUCACCAUCGAGCAGUGGGGCACACCUGAGAAACUUCCCAGAGCCCACACAUGCUUCAACCGGCUGGACCUUCCUCCGUACGAGUCUUUCGAGGAACUGAGGGAGAAACUUCACAUCGCCAUCGAGAACGCCCAGGGCUUUGACGGGGUGGAUUAGAGCGUGCGGGUGGUCGCAGGAAGCCCAGAUGACAUGACUGCCGCCGGAGCGAAGCCGGGCUGCGGGACAUGGUGACGUUGAUGAGGAAAAACAAGCUGUGCGUCAGAUUCGGGGUCUUAACUCGUCAGCUGUGUGACACGUGAAGGACAGUCACACCACCCUCGCUCUGGUCCUCUGCUUAGACAGACGUUUGAGAAAGAACUUUCAGUCUGGAGUGAAUGAGGUAUUUCUAUAUCGCUCCGCAUGUUCUGAAGUUUACAAAUCAGGUUUUCUUAUUUGAUUCUUUAUAAGUCGCUCCAAGAUGUAUUCACUUUUACUCGUUCAGCUAAAAUGCCUAAAUAUGUAAAGAACUUGAUUCUUUGAAAAAAAAAGAUGAUAGAAAUCAAUGUGAAUGCAACCUGUACAGUAUCGGACCGAAACUUCAAACCUUAAAGAGUCGUUGUUUUCAUGUGCUUUGAAUUUAAAUCUUUUUAUAUGUAGUGCCUCAGCCAUCCUGGAGAAUUUUUCAGUGUGGUUCUGUUGCUUGAAAACUAACCGUCUUUCCAGUAUAGAGAUCAAUUCUUCCUAUUGUUCUGCUGUUGGAAUGUUUUGUUCCAAUGCAUCCUGGAAUUAAAAUCGAUUUGUGAAGGAUUGUAACUUUGUAUUAGUCACUCUGACACUCACAUGAGGCAAAACAUUUAUUGUGACACAAACAAUAAAAGCAAAUAGAAUGCCAAUCUACGUAUCAAAUCUGCAAAUACGAGUGUUAAUACCUCUCUUUUAUUAAUUGAAAAUGUGUUGUUAAUAUCAGAUUAAUAUAAAUCAGGUUCAAAGUGUGGAAGAAUGAAGCCCCUCUCACAAAGCCUGAUCCACCUGUGCUCCCAAAUCUGACACGACACAAGCUGUGUUUCUUUUGAAGAAUUUUGAAUGUUUUCACAUUUUCACAAUAUUAUUAUUAUUGAUGGCUGUUGAGAUCCAGUGGAAAUAAAAAAGCACAACUCUUGUUAGGAUAAUAAGACAUCUAUAAAGUCUUUUCACAUAGUCUACAACUGUCAUAUCUGUUACACCCACAGUUUUGUACUAAAGCUUAUUUUAUCAUUUUAUAAAUAGUCUCCAUGACUCUCAUAAUAAAUUUACUUUAAAAAAGUGUGUUUUAAUAAUAGAAUUAUUUAUUUUACCCCUACUUAUUUGCUUUUUUUAUUGUGAUUUUUUUUCUUAGAAAAUUAGAUAUUUAAAAUGCUGUGAAAAUACCAUUUUGAUCAAACGACUUUUUCACCUUUUAAACAGCAUUCCUAGUUGGCAGUAUUUUUUUUCCACCUUACCUGUUACUAAUCGUCUCUUUCCCAUAUUUUGCCUUUAGUUGGCCAAAGUCCUGGUCUGACAGUGAAAAAUUAAGAAAUAGUAUGUGAGUCAAAUUUUUCAUCCCUCUUCUGACAUUAAAAUCUGGUUGGAGACAUUAAUCCACAGACAAAAUGCACCAAAAAUAUAACAUUCAAGGCCAGCUAGGUGGGCCUGAAGGGCCUGUCUUAUUUGUGGUGGAGAUGACGGUGCUUCUUGACAUGCUCAAGAGCUUGGCUUACAAUGUCAAACAUCUGUUUUCACCUCUCUCAAAUUUCACCUCUGUUCUCUUUUCAGGGAUGAUUGAUAUGUUGCAGAAUCUCAGUUUAUAAAGCAUUUUGAUUCUGAUGUAAUUUUAGUGAUUUGGACUGAUUUGUUUGGUCCGUUAGCAGUCAAGAUAAAUGACUGUUUAAAUUGCAGUUUAUGAUGCUGCAAAGCAGAAUGAACUCUUUACAAUGGUAAAUAGUUUUCAAAAGAUACUGUACAGCUUGGCAUUACAGCAGGGCCACGGGUUGCAAUAAUCAAACACUGUGACAAAGUUGUUCCAUUAAGCCCAACAUGAGAAUGAAGAAAAAAAAAGUGACUUAUGAUGUGUCUCUACUGCAAUUUAUAUCAAAUAUGAGUGUUCAGCCCGCUUUGAAAUAUGUCAGUGAACCACCUGGAGGGGAGAAAAAAAUCUAACAACUUUAUUCUAUUUAAUUUUCACCUUCUUUUUUUUUUUUUUUUUUUUUUCCAUUCCACUGCAUCAGAAAACAGUAGAUCCCAAAUGUGGACUUCAGCAGCAGCAAAUGUGCAGGUUAAAUACAAUUUGAGUGACUGUAGUUAAACUCAUAAUUAUUAUGGUAGUGAUGUACCAAUACCAGGACCAGAAAAAGAUGAACUCGUCAUACUGUUCGUCUCCAUGUGGUCCACCGAUCCAAAGAAACUGUGUGCAGACUGUGUUGAAACCCGCUGUGUAAAUGUACAUACUGACAUCAGAUCACUGAAAACUACUUGAUUUUUGAGGUAAUCAAAUAGCUUAUAAAUAUAUUGAACAUGUAAGGAUAAUGUUAAAUGUACAAUGCUAAGUGCAUUUCUUGUCAGGACUGUGAAAGUCACAAACGGUUGGCAAAAAGGCUAAAAAGCAACCUUCGCUGUUCAGUCAAGUUCAACACUGAUCACAUACCAGAAGAUUAAGCCUUGUGUCUUCACAUUAUAUCUCCUAACCAUUAGGUUUGUAUAAAAACAAAACAGACAAACUGACUUUACACAGUUUCAGUACCGUAUGGUAAAUAUAUUUGUUUCCUUUUGUCAUUGAAUGAUAACAGCUUGUGUUCUUCUACUUAGCAAGAGUGUCUAAUUGCAGUACAGUGCUCUAUUUUAAAGAGUGCAACUUUAAAAGUUGUUUUGUUGGUUGUCAAAAUUGUGUACAGAUUAAUGUUUUCAAAAUGAGUAAUCGCUCGUGAUGCCUUUGUAAGAAAGUAACUGUACUUAAAGCAGGGGUUUUAACAUUUUCUGAAUGGUGAAACACGUGUUUACACUACCUGCCAUGUUUACAGGUCGGUGAUAAAGGAAGAAGUUGUGGGUUGGUUCUUGUCUCUGACAACACAAUUUUAUACUUAUGCUUUUAUAAAGUGAAGCACUUUGUUGAUAUUGAUGAGUCUUACUUCUUCUAAACUGUCUGAAUCUUUGCUAAUCUGUCAACUGCCGACUGCUUCAAUCACUCUUUAAGAACACGAUCGUAUGCUUCAAGUGCACAUGUGUUAAAGUGUUUACAUGUGAACAUUGCUGAAAAUAAGCACAUUCUCUUCUUUCGCUUGUAUUUAAAAAUAAAUACCAAGGCCACCAUUUGUAACAUGUCUAGAGUUCUAUUAUGGUAAAAAAUGUUCUGAUCUCUGAAUGAAAGUACUGUUAUAUAUGUAUUGUCUCCAUAAGAAUAAUUAAUACAUCAACACUUCAUUUCUGAAAUAUAAUUUUUUUUGUUGUUGUUAUAUCAUUGUAACACCUAUAAGUGCAUUACAACAAUAGCAUACAUGCAACAUAUUUAUAUGACAAUUUAAAGGGUGAAAUGAAAUGGAGCUGUUGAAAUGCAUAGCUCAAUAAACUGAUUAUAAAUAUAUUGAAAAUAAACAAAUAUAAAAGCAAA